CAUUCAGAUCUUCAUUAUGCGCAGAGGAAAACACGCACUUCUGAUCUAAUCUUAACACACAUCUGAUCUGAUCUGAAAACACCACACACACACAGAGAUUAGAUCUGAUCAGACCAUGCACGUGCAUCCGAUGCUUUAAUCCAUGUUAAUUGAUGGAUGAAAGUCUGCAUGAGCUCGAGAGGAGGAAACAGAGACUCCUGAAGGUGGCACUAUGUCUGUGCAGGGUCAGGAUAUUUCAGAAUAUCAUCUGAGUGUGGUGCUGGACCCUCCUGGCUGGGAAGUGUGUUUGUAUGUGUUUGGGUUCUUGGUUCUGUUUGGUGUGGUUAUAGUGAAUCUGUGGAAAUUAUAUAAGUCCGGCACUUUCCCGACUCCCUCGCCAUACCCGAACUUCCACUACCGUUACCUGCAGGAGAAAUAUGGCUCGUCCAACUCGGAGAUCAGACAGAAGCGUGUUGCAGCUUCCAACCAGCGGAGGGCGUCAACGGCGAGUCGGAAGCCGAGUCUUCAGUUGCUGGACACUCCUGAUGGGCUUCGAGACCUCGGAACACUGGAGUUCAUGAGCCGGGAGCUGGAUCCGAGCGGAGGCACCAUCAACCGUUCCAUGUCCUCUGAAUCUCUGUGUUCCAUCUCUUCCAUCGCUCAAACGUUCGGCCACGACUUCACAGUGGGGCAGCUGGAGAUCACUCUGGAGCUGGACUCUCGGUCCUCGCUUAUGCACAUCUCACUGCACCAGGGUAAAGACCUGCUGGAGAAGGAGGAGGAGAACUUCCCUGGAUGCUACAUCACCGUCAUGCUGAUCCCUCAACAGAUCAGCCUAGGAGCCACACAGGUUCAGAGAAAUGCCUUCACUGUGGUGUUCGAUGAGCGGUUCUCUGUUCCGUUAGACUCUGUUAAUCUGGAAGAGAACAGUCUGAGGUUCUCUGCCUUUGGCGUCGAUUCGGAUGAGCGGAACAUCAGUGCUGGAGUCGCUGAACUUAAACUGUCAGAUCUGGAUCUUUCCAUUCGGCCGUUUAACGCCUGGCUUUACCUGCAGGACAUCAACAAGGCCGUGGACGCUGUUGGUGAGAUCCUGUUGUCUCUCAGUUAUUUGCCAACUGCAGAACGCCUCACCGUGGUUGUGGCCAAAGCCAAGAACCUGGUCUGGACUAAUGGAAAGACCACAGCAGAUCCAUUUGUCAAGGUGUAUCUGCUCCAGGACGGCAGGAAGAUCAGUAAAAAGAAGACCUCCAUAAAAAGGGAUGAUACUAACCCCAUCUUCAACGAGGCAAUGAUCUUCUCAGUGCCAGCCAUCGUCCUGCAGGAUCUCUCUCUGAGAGUGACGGUUGCUGAGAGCACAGAGGACGGGCGUGGCGAAAACGUAGGUCAUGUGAUCAUCGGGCCAGAGGCCAGUGGAAUGGGCAUAACCCACUGGAACCAGAUGCUGGCCACACUGCGGAAACCAGUUUCAAUGUGGCACCCGCUCCGGAGAACCGAAGUUCUGACCCUUGACCCCUGACCUAUGACUCUUGUCUGCAUGGUGCCUACUGUCUAACUGUCCUAACAGUUACAACAUUUGAAUAUGAAGGAAAAAUCCUAGUCCCAGCUGUCCUGGGGGAGCGGACAGGGACAGAUGGAUCCGUAAACAGAGUCUCUUUUGCUUCUGUAAGGAUCUAUUAAAUCCAGGUUUUUCUUAUCCAGGUUAAAUUCAUUUCUACAUGAUAACAGGGUGGCUGGUUAUCUGCUGCAGCCUUUGCGUGGAGUCUAAAAUGAGGCAGACAUUUCUGUAGCCACAUUCUGUUGUACUAAAUAUUUAAAGCAUUAAAACAAAACAGAAAUGAUAUGUAUGGCCAUAAAUACAUUUAUUAUUAUUAUUAUUAUUAUUACUGAUAUCGGGGGUUUAGUACUCAUAAAAACAUUGUAAAAUAACAUCUAACAACAGACUUGGGAUGCUCUGUCCCUCUUCUCAGGCAAGUGUAGUGACACUUAUUAGCCUAUUAGUAACACUAUUGAGCAACAUCACGUAUUAAAUGCAGCAUUGGGGUGAUUUAUAAUUGCAUCCUGUUUAUUUAAACAUAUUCAUUGCCCUCAUAUUGGCUUUAAUGUCAUUCAGAAAUCCCAAACUUUGCAUUCUACCACUUGAAUCACGUUACUAUGCGCAAAAUGAUUUUUAUGUGGCUCGUUGUGCGUAUUGCGUCAGUUUCCUGGUGAAAUGAACACUAGAAGCGCUAUGACAACAAUGAAUUGUAUUCACUUUCACACAAAGCGUGAUAAAAAUAACAGAUAAUCAGUUCAUAAACACUUACUUUUUGCCCUGUUCCUCAAAACUGUAGUGCAUGACUCACAAGGCGAUAUAUUAUAACGUUAUCAGUAGAGGUCGACCGACAGUGGAUUUUGCCAAUACUGGUAAGUAAGGUGGUUAGAAGGGCCGAUAACCGAUUAAUUGGCCGAUUUUAAGUAUAAACAAGCUCGGGGACUCUUAUUUUGAAAUUAUGUAGACUUGCCGCUGUUACAAAGCUCUCAAUUAACUAUUAACCAAAUAAGCUUUUUAUAGCCUAAAUUUAUAUUACACCAGGUAAGGUUUAAAUGGGAAUAAGGUUAUUAUUAUUCACAAGAUAUGAAGUCAGAGACACAGUGUACUGUAUGUGCUGAAAGGGCACAUUUCCAUAUAGUUGCAGAUUUCUUUGCAUACCCUUGCUUCAAUUAAGAACACUUGAUUAUCUAAUCAAAAUAACAAAACAUGCAUUGACAUUAAGAUAAAAAAUGAAUAAAAAUGGUCAUUGACGAAAUUUAGAUACAGCAAAUUACUACGAGGUCUGAGUAAUUGUUUUUAUUUUAUUUCUAGAGGCCACUGUUGUACUGUAGAAUCAAUCCUUUCUUUAAUAAAACCAAAACUAUCAGCAACUAUCGGUACAGAUUUUGGCAGAUAACCGGUAGUUUCAGAAAGCGACUAUCAGCACCGAUUAAUCAGUAAAACCGAUAUAUCAGCCUACCUCUAGUUUGCGUAACCAACUACAUUUACUAACUUGUUCAAGAGUAAACAAAAUGUGCUGUAGCUCAACUGAUAGAGCAUUGCAUGUGCAAUGCAAAGUACCUGGGUACGAAUCCUGAAGAGCAUCCAUGUUGACACGUGAGCCGAAUGCGUCGUAGAAGUACCACAAAAUGAUGUUGCUUCAGCAGUUGCGUUUUUAUAUCAUAUUUGAUGUUAAUAUUUUUCUGACACUAUCGGUUAGGUUUAAGGUUUAGGGUAGGGAGGCCAGUUUUGUUGAUUUAAAACUCAAUCAAGCAUUAACCUUAAAAAACAAAUCUCAUUGUAGAAAAUGUAACUUGCUUUUAGCGCCACCCAGUGGACAUUUCAUCACGAAACUGCCGCGAUAGGUGUAAAAAACCACGUAAUAUCAUUUCGCUAAAAUGUCACCACAGGCACUGAUGAAUUCAGUGUUGGGGAAGUACUUACUUAAUAAGUAGUACUAAGGUUAAAAGUAAUCUUUAACACAUUAUUGAUUACAUUUUCUAUAUUGUAAUGGGAUUAAUCUACUAGCUUCUCUGAACAGUAAUCACAUUACUCAUUACUUAUUCAUUUCUACCUAUUCCCGACCUUUACCAGAUUUGUUACAUGUGUCCAAAAUGCCAUGAUAUAUUCUUUCACCAGGGCAUAAAUUACAUUUUAUUAUAAUAUUUGUGUUAUCUAUUCAAAGUGAUGUAUUUUGCAAAAGAGCCAUUGUUUUUUUUUGCUAUCCUCACACUUUGUUAGCGUGGCAAUCAAGUGAAAGGGAGUGCAAUCAUUUUGAUCAAAAUAAUAGAUGUUGUUGGAUGUUAAAUAUGUUUAUUAAAUUAAUCAUACUGAAUUUAAAUUAUAUAUGUAGCGCAAAUAUAAAACAAUAACGUUACAUGAUGUACUUUGUAGUUUUGUAACGCAUUAUUCCCCAGCACAGCAUAGAAAUCAUACAUUUAUAUCAAACUGAAAUAUAUUACAAUAUAUAUGUAUUUACAUAUUAUGUUAUUUUAAUUGUCUUUCACGUUCUCUGAGAUUUCUUCGGCAAGAGAGAAAAUCUUAAUAACAAAAAGCUAAAUAAAUAAAUACUAGUAAAUAUUCAAACUGCUGCAAUAAUUAAACCUUUUGGUGACAGAAUGUAAAACCUUCAUACCAAAAUCAUAUCCUACCACAGCUAACACGUUUUGUAAAAUGAAUAACAGAUUUGAGCUUCUUGCAGUAAUGAGCAAAUCCUGUGAUUCAUUUUUAAUACUAACAAUAUUUUAAGCUUGACACCAUUAAACUUAAUUCUGUGCCAUAUUCACCCGAAUAGAAGCAAUAUUUUCAUUUUGCAGUGUACAUCUGUUGUUGGUGAACUCGGAUUUAUAGGAUGAUAAAUUGUACAAAUACUUCACAAUGCAUGCAAUGCAUAUGUAAUGUGUAAAAUAUUGCAAUCAAAUGAAUUGUUUAAAUAAAAAUCUUAUG